AUGCCUGUGUCGAGUACUGCAACGGGUCUCCACUGGCAAGUGUCUCAAGCCACUUCGCUGGCCUUUGUCAAGGUCAUCAUGUCCCAGGACCCAUCGACGAACCACCAAGGCGUAAGUAUCCCAAUUUUCUUCACCCGGACAUGUAUCUCAAACUAUUCACAGAUAUUCAUGGAGAACGGUUCUGGAGGUCUUAUGAGCGACCUGGAAUUCGUUCACAGUCAGGAACGUCAAGUUCUCCAACAACCAGAUCGCCAUCCAGGCAAUUUGGAACUGAACAUCCAGAUCGAGAACUGUGGUGUUGGAAUAGAAAUCAAGACCGGUGGUACAUCACAGGAUAACCAAAACACCCCAAUCUUUGUACGCACUACGACAGACCAACCCAACAGCCUCGGUGGUUCGAUUAUAAUUGACAAUGCUCAACUCACCAACGUGCCCAUCGCAGUUGGUACCUCGGCAGGCGCUACCACUCUAGCCGGCAGCACUGGUUCGAUGACCAUUGCAACUUGGGCACAAGGAAAUAUCUACUCCGGUACUUCGACCACCCCCACUUAUGCUAGGUCCAAUAUCACGCCAGCAACUAAGCCUGCAAGUUUGCUCGACUCUUCUGGCAAGAUCCUGAAUCUGCCACGACCCCAAUACGAAGCUUAUGCUCCCGAUCAAUCGUCAAGGCAAAUGGUGCCAAGGGUGAUGGUACAACGGACGAUACCUCUGCGCUCCAAGCCAUAUUUGACAAAUAUCAUGGAUGCAAGAUUAUUUUCUUCGAUGCAGGAUCCCGCCCAAUACGGAUAUUGUUGGGGAGAUGUGGAGCCAGAUCCUGGUCAAGGGAACCAAGUUCAACGACGUCAACAACCCUCGAGUUGCGCUCAAAUUCGGCAACACGGGGGACAAGGGCUAUUUGAGAGUAACCGAUAUCGUCGUCAG